AGAGUAUGGAAAACAGAGCACCCCACGUUCGUAGUUAAUUCAUAAUUGUGGUUGUUUUCCGCUCAUCUACUUCACCCAACUCUGUCGUCUCUCUCUCUCCCGCUUUCAUAAAUUGAAUACCUAUUGCUCUCUUAACUGUCCUAGCCUAUCCUCCAUCGUCACUGACAAGAAUUGAAUGUUUUCGGUAACUCCGUCCCUCGCUUUUUGUCAAAUCUGCAAACAACUGUAGCAGCCACGAAUCCACUGAAUCUCUUGUGAUUCACGGUGAUUAAUCUCUCCUAUAAAACCCAUUUCAUUCCACUAUUCCCUCUCAGAUCCAAAUCAAAAGCACACUCUCUUCCAACAUGGAACUCUGUUUCAUGGACAAGCUCAAAGGUCAGCCGUUCUGGGUUCUCGUUCUUUUCACUUUGGGUUCUCUCUCGGCUCUUAAAUUUGCUCUCGCCUUCUUCAACUGGGUCUACGUCAAUUUUCUCAGACCCGCUAAGAACCUCAAGAAGUACGGGUCCUGGGCCCUCGUUACCGGACCCACUGACGGUAUUGGCAAGGGUUUCGCUUUUCAAUUGGCUCGUAAAGGGAUUAAUCUGAUCUUGGUGGGUCGGAAUCCGGACAAGCUCAAAGAUGUUUCGGAUUCGAUUCAAGCCAAGUACGGUAAGACCCAGAUCAAGACCGUUGUUGUGGACUUUGCUGGUGAUCUUUCCGAGGGUGUUCGGAGGAUUAGCGAAGCCAUUGAAGGGUUGGAUGUUGGGCUUCUGAUCAACAACGUUGGGAUGUCGUACCCGUAUGCCAGGUUUUACCACGAAGUGGAUGAGGAGCUGCUGAAGAAUUUGAUUAAGAUCAAUGUUGAAGCUACUUCAAAGGUUACUCACGCUGUUCUGCCUGGGAUGCUCAAGAGGAAGAGGGGUGCAAUCGUAAAUAUUGGCUCUGGGGCUGCUAUUGUGAUCCCCUCGGAUCCUCUCUAUGCUGUUUAUGCUGCCACGAAAGCGUAUGUUGAUCAAUUCUCGAGGUGUCUCUAUGUUGAAUACAAGAAAAGUGGGAUCGACGUCCAGUGUCAGGUUCCUCUGUACGUGGCAACAAAGAUGGCAUCAAUUAAGAGGUCUUCACUAUUUGUUCCAUCAGCAGACGAAUAUGCCCGGGCAGGUCUGCGUCGGAUAGGGUACGAGCCCCGUUGCACACCUUACUGGCCCCAUACGCUCCUCUGGGCUUUGGCCGCCUCAUUGCCGGAGUCUGUCGUUGACCAAUGGCGCCUGGGAUUUUGCCUUGGGAUUCGAAAGAGAGGGCAGCUCAAGGACUCCAGGAAGAAGGAAUAGGCGAUAUCUUGGUCUAUUUUUCUUAGGCAGGCUUGGCUGCUUAGAAUAAGCAGAUUGGUAGAUUAAACUUGAGAAUACUGGUUGUAUGCUUGGAAUUCACCUUUCAGUUUCAUUAAUAUUAUGAGUUUGCAUGGUUUUAUGAUGGACUA